AUGCUCUUCAGCCUGUCAGUCACAAAGCCACACUUCACCACCAUGGUCAUCCUGCUGAUCCUGGCUGACAAGACGGCAGGUGGCCUAUUUGGAUUCCGCAUCAGCAAGAGGCCUUGGAUUCCAUGUGAACUUUACCACGGUGUAUGCAGAAAUUCCUGUGAGAAAUACGAGAUCCAAUACUUAACCUGCCCAAACAACAGAAAAUGCUGCCUCAAAUUCCCUACGUAA